AUGCCCGUGACCCCCAAGUCAAGCUUUUACCAUCAAUCGUCGGAUCAUCGGACCUCCGCUCGAAAGACAGACAGCAGAUGUGAAGCCGCACUCGCAGGAACCUCCGUUGGCGAGCGACUAGCCUACAAUGACUACACCACCAUCGACUGGCUCCACGAACUGGUCAAAGAGUCCUACCGCGCGCGCUCCCUCCACGCCCGUCCUGGCCUGCGCGCUACGCUGCUUUCAUAUUUCGACUCUAUCUCAGGGUGGAUCGCCGUCAGCCUCAUCGGAAUCCUCAUGGCCUUUGUCGCCGUGGCCGUUGAUCUCUCCGUCGCGACCGUGGGCGAUUGGAAGUACGGCUACUGCGCCGGCAGCCCAUGGCUCAGCAGAGAGUCGUGCUGCGAGUACGCCGAAGCAGCUAGUGUGGCUUGCGAUAAGUAUCAGCUGUGGGGCGGCUCCUACGGUGUUAGGUUUGCGGUGUACGUGGCGUGGGCAGUGCUCUUCGGGAUCAUCAGCUCGAGCGUUACGAUGUUGAGCAAGACGGCCUUGCCGAGCGUGGGAUCUAUGAACGGAGAGCUACCGAAUAAUGGGACAGGAGGCGGCAAGUCGCUCUACAUGUCCGCUGGCUCCGGCAUCCCAGAGAUCAAGACGAUCCUCAGCGGAUUCGUAAUCCCGCACUACCUCGAUUUCAAGAUUCUGGUCCUCAAAGCCGUUGGCGCCGUCUUCGCGGUGGCAACGGGGAUGUCAUUAGGAAAAGAAGGGCCAUUUAUUCAUAUUGCGGCUUGUGUUGGGCAAUUGGUGGCUGAGCGUUUUCCGAAAUAUCGAGAGAAUGGGAAGAAGAUGAGGGAGAUUUUAUCGGCAGCGUGCGCGGCGGGGCUGAGUGCGGCAUUUGGGGCGCCGAUUGGAGGUGUGCUUUUUGCCUAUGAGGAAAUCAGUGUCUACUUCCCUCGAAAGGUGUUGUGGAGGACGUUCCUCUGCUCAAUGGUGGCAGCUAUGAUGCUGAGAGUCCUCAACCCGCAUGGAACUGGGAAAUUGGUUCUUUUUGAAACCAACUAUGGUACACUCUACCGUACAGAACACUAUUUCGUAUUUGUAUUGCUCGGUAUUGCUGGAGGUCUAUGGGGUGGGACCUUCACAAUGUUGAAUCUACGAUGGGCUAGAUGGUUUAGAUCUCUCCCAAUGAUCAAAAACAAGCCCGUCUUCGAGGUCUUCUGCGUCAUCCUCGUAACAGCCGCCCUUCAAUACCCCAACCCCGUAACCCGAGCCCCGGGCGACAAGAUCAUUAAAAACCUCCUCGUCACCUGCGACGAUGGCAAAGACACCUGGGUCUGCCGAAACGAGGCUCGCAAUGAUGCAAAAUGGGACUACAUCGCGUGGCUCGCAUACGGAACCCUCGUCCAACUUGCCUCAACCACAAUCACCUUCGGCUUAAAAGUCCCCUCUGGCAUCAUCAUCCCCGCUCUCGUAGGGGGCGCUCUAUUCGGCCGCCUAGUCGGCCAAUGGGUCCCCACAAUCUCCCCCGGCAUCUUCGCCAUGGUGGGCGCAGCCGCCUUCCUCGCAGGCGUCGGUCGAAUGACUAUCUCACUCUGCGUGAUCAUGUUCGAGCUCACCGGCGAACUCGAAUACACCCUCCCCCACAUGAUCGCCAUCCUAGCGGCCAAAUGGACCGCCGACGCCCUCUCCGCCGAAUCCGUCUACGACCUCGCACAAUCCGUCCUCGGCCACCCGUUUCUGGACACCGAACACGCGCUACAUCUGAUCCAACACCAGCCCUCCGCCCUCGUUGAAGCGCUGAUACCACCUCCGGCUACGAUGGUCGAGCUGACCCUCGAAAUACCGUCUACUAACAGAGUUCCGCACAAGCUACUCGCUGAGAAACUAGGAUUCCUGCAUCGGAGGGGCUUGAUGGACGGCGGGAUCGUGCUCGUGCAGAAGGGGGUGUGCCAGGGGUAUAUUGCAGAGGCAGAGCUAGAGUAUGGGCUACGGAUGGUGGGAGAGCGGUGUGGGGAGGAUAUGGAUGUGGAGGUUCGGGUGCUGGGUGAUGCGCUGGAGGGAGAGGAGGGGUGCGAUAUUGGGAGUUUCGUGGAUCGAAGCCCGGUGAGUGUGAGCGCAAAGGCGCCGAUGGAGUUUGCGGUUGAGAUCUUUGGGAAGUUGGGGUUGCGGUAUUUGUGUGUGACGGAGGAGGGGAGUGGGAGGCUGGUGGGGUUUGUGAUUAAGAAGAGGUUGUUGAUUUAUUUGGACGGGCUGAGGGAGCAUUGA